AUGAGUGUUGCCGAGCUGGCCAGUAUUGGCCUGAGCUUGCUACGCCGAGCCGACGAAGAUGGCGACACCGGAGACGAAGACUCUGCGCAAAAGGAAUUCUUUGCAGCAUGGGCCAUCUUCAUUUGCAUUUUGCUGCUCAUCAUCACCUUCUUCGUCAGCUACAUACUCCAGAUGAAAAAGGUCACGGCCAUUCACGAGACAGUUAUAUCAAUCUUUGCUGGCAUGGUUGUCGGUCUCGUCCUCCUCAUCACUUCCGGCGACUCGAUCCGAUCGCCCCUCAACUUCGACUACCAAAUCUUCUUCAACCUUCUCUUGCCCCCCAUCAUCCUCUCCUCCGGCUACGAGCUGCAUCAGGCCAACUUCUUCCGAAACAUUGGCACCAUCCUGACCUUUGCCUUUGCCGGCACCUUCCUGUCCGCCGUCGUCAUCGGCCUCAUUCUCUGGCUCUACUCGCUCAUCCCCGGUUCCAUCAACAUGACCUUUGUCGACGCCAUUUCCGUCGGAGCGACUCUAUCCGCCACUGACCCCGUCACCAUCCUUGCCAUCUUCAAUGCCUACAAGGUCGACCCCAAGCUCUACACCAUCAUCUUUGGCGAGUCCAUCCUCAACGACGCCAUCGCCAUUGUCAUCUUCGAGACGGCCCAGCGAUACAAGAAAGGCGAGGCUACCAGCCACGGAAUACUCAGCUUCUUUGAAGGUACUGGCAUCUUCUUGCUGGUUUUCUUUGGCUCUUUGAUGAUUGGCGUCAUUGCUGGUGUCGGCACCGCCUUGCUCCUCAAGUUUACCUACGUCCGCCGCUUCCCCAAGACGGAGAGCUGCGUCAUUAUCCUGAUCGCUUACGGCACAUACUUCUUCUCCCAUGGCGUUCAUCUCUCUGGUAUCGUGUCGCUUCUGUUCUGCGGCAUUACGCUCAAGCACUACGCCUACUUCAACAUGUCGCGACGGACCCAGCUCACCACCAAGUACAUCUUCCAGGUCAUGUCGCAGCUUGUCGAAAACUUCAUCUUCAUCUAUCUCGGCCUCGCGCUCUUCACCGAGAGCGCCCUGCAGUUCCAACCGCCCCUCAUCAUCGUCACCGUCUGCGCCGUUUGCGCUGCCCGCUGGGUCGCCGUCUUCCCGCUGUCGCGCCUCAUCAACGCCGUCAUCCGGUAUCGCGCGCGUCGCCGGGGGCUCGAGGUCCGCGACGAGCUGCCGUAUAACUAUCAGGCCAUGCUCUUCUGGGCCGGCCUGCGUGGCGCCGUCGGCGUCGCCCUCGCGGCGCUUCUCACCGGCGAGAACGCCCUCGCGCUGCGCGCCACCGUGCUCGUCGUCGUCGUUCUCACCGUCAUCAUCUUUGGCGGCACCACCGCCCGCAUGCUCGAGAUCCUCGGCAUUCGCACCGGAGUCGUCGAGGAGAUUGACAGCGAUGACGAGUUUGACAUUGAGACGUCCUUUGGCGCCGGCCUCCACAGCAAGCGCUCCGGCUUCGGUAACGGCCGCCGCAACGGGAACGUCGCCCUCUCCAACCUCGAGCGCGAAGGCCGCGGCGGUGGUACGGCUUUUGUAUCGGGCCACUCAUCACCACACGUGGAUGGCGCCGGCGGCCGCACGCGCAGCAUCAGUCGCAAAAACUCGAACCGCGGCAUGCCCAACCCCGAUGACUUUGAGCGCGCCGACCUCCUCGGCCGCGGCGACGAGUCCGACUUUGGCAGCGACAUUGACACGUCGGACCUGCCGCCGCCCGCCCGCCGCUCACCCCGCGGCGGCAACAUCGGCGGCGGCUCCUCCUCCUCGCUGACGCCGCCCACACCGUCCAGCGCCUUCAUGAGCCCCGCGGAACCCGCCGAGCCCCUGACCGCCAGGGGAGCCAUCAGGCAGCUGCUGACCACCGAGGACCCGGCCAGCCUCUUCCGCCAGCUCGACGAGGACUUCAUCAAGCCGCACCUGCUGCUGCACGACGAUGGGGGCAGGCCCCGCCCCGGGCACGGCGGCGCGGGCGCCAACGGUGGGAGCGCAGUGUAA